AUGGCGUCCAGCGCCUCCCGGUUCAUCAAGUGCGUCACAGUGGGGGACGGCGCCGUGGGAAAGACCUGCAUGCUCAUCUGCUACACGAGCAACAAGUUCCCCACUGAUUACAUACCCACUGUCUUCGAUAACUUCAGUGCAAACGUGGUAGUCGACGGUACCACGGUGAAUUUGGGCCUUUGGGAUACUGCAGGGCAGGAAGAUUACAACAGAUUGAGGCCACUGAGCUACCGCGGAGCAGAUGUGUUCGUGCUCGCCUUCUCGCUUGUCAGCCGAGCUAGCUACGAAAAUGUUAUGAAGAAGUGGCUACCGGAGCUUCAGCAUUAUGCACCGGGUGUCCCCAUAGUGUUGGCCGGAACUAAAUUGGAUCUUCGUGAAGACAAGCACUACUUACUUGACCAUCCUGGCGCGGUACCUGUUACUACAGCACAGGGGGAGGAACUUCGCAAGCACAUUGGCGCAACUUGUUACAUCGAGUGCAGCUCAAAAACUCAGCAGUUGCAGCCGUGUCAUGCACACAAGGAGACUAGGAUGCUUCUAAGUGAUCGGAGGCCUUCUUCGACGAUCACGUAG